GCUAAUUACUCCUGGCCUUUUUAUCCAAUUGCUAACCAGGCAUUGUAUGGUUACGACCAAGCAGCCAACAAAUCUUUCAAAAGCGAGAAAAUCCCAAAUGGCGUCAGAACUCAGGUGGAAGAUGGAAUCCAGUCUCUGUUUGUGCCCGCAGGAGAAGAAGUUGACCUUGGUGACUUUGCUGGUACUUGCAUCAGUAAUCCAUAUCUCUGUCAGAAUUUUACAGUGUCAUUUCUCUUUAAAACUGGAGCAGAUAAAGAUCUAAAGGUCCUGAAUUCGGGCUUGCGUGCUGAUGACCAAACAGAUGAGUACGAGUAUGGCUGGUCAUUUGAGAUUUCUCCCUAUUCUGGCAGUGCUGAAGCGAUAGUCACCGGUUAUGGCGCGGCCCGAGAACUGGCGGCUCGCAAUUCUUGGAUUCAAAUAGUUUUUACUUUUGAUCACGGAUCAAUACGCGACGUAGUCCUCUAUCAAAAUCAUAAUGGCAAACUAGUAGACAAUCUGUCGAUAUUGGCACAAAGUUAUGUAGAUCAAGACCGGAACACCCGUCUGAAGCUUGGCUCCACAUCCAACAUAAAAGGGUUCUUUAUAAGCAACCUAAACUUUAUUGGAAUUAAGCUGAGGGUAGAAGAAAUUCAAGAACUUGGGAACAGGAGUUUUAAAGAAGGUAUGAUGAAGGGUCGGUUAUUAAAUGAAGUAUAACUUGAAUCCUUUUGCAGGGUAAUUGUUUUAAGCAAGACAGAAUAAAUGGACAGAGAAAGAAACGCCCAUUUUAGCCCUUAGGAGAUGUGAAUUUCACCAAAGUUAUUUUUAGACCAAUGAAACACUUGAGAUUAAUCGGAAAUAAGCUUUCGCAGACGUCCGCAAACUUUUGUUUGGUCUUAGAAUUCAACAGUCGCCAUAAAAAUAUUCUGCAUUGUUUGUUGUGAGGCAGUCAGUCGCCAGUGGACUUGAUGACGUUUUAAGUAAUGGAUAAAAAUGUGCGGACGUCUCAAGAAUUAGGCUUUCGUGCCAUUACAUCCUGUUAAAAUAACACAGCCAACGCCCGAAGAUUCCAUCUCUGGUCCAUUAUUCUCUCUUGUUGCGUUCGACGUAAGGAGAACGCAACACAUAAUCUUGGGAUUCCUGUGGUACUAAAGGGUGACCUUUUGUGGUACUCAUUUCGUCGUACGUCUGCAUUUUCUGCGCCAUUUUGAACAAUUUAUCUCGUGGGCACAAAAAUGAUAAAAAUAAUUAAUUUAACUAAUGGUCUUAGCAAUUUGGUUGCGUGGCGCAAUGCAUGACGUCCAAUGUCUCGGGUUCCACUCCUGUACAUUGAGACUUUUUUUUUUUUUCGUAGUCGUUUUGCUUUGUUUUGUUUCUUUUUUUUUUAAAAAAAAUAUAGGAAGCGUUUUGCAGCAUCAGUUUAUUAGGAAAUAACAUCACAUUUGACAGUAAACCCAAAAAAGCUCGAACACAGUUCCUAAUCUGCGAUUACCACUAGUUUAAAGUAGAUAAAUGAUUUUCUAGUCUGGCUUAAAAGUCCACCAGACCCAAAGGUCUGUUAGAGGGCCGAUUAUGUAGUACAUUCCGAUUUGGUUUAAGACUAAGAACAUGAGUUUUGUCUGGCUACGGGGAUUAAGUCCGCGGAUUCCCGCUCUGUAGUUUUAAACAUACAGUUCAAUGAAAACACAAUAGUUCAAUAUAACCACGCCAGAAGUUGAAUAACAGCACAUUUGUUCAAUGUCAUGUCACUCAAAAAGCAUAAUAUAGAGCAUUUAUCUCCCUAAAGCUACCAACUCGUUAAUUUAAGGAAAAAUUUGAAAGUCCAAUUAUUUCUCAAACUGCGGCCUAAGUUAGCCCGAGUACAGCCGUCGCCUCUCUCAAACAAAAAACAGGGUUGCCACUGUCAGGGAAAAGUUAGGGAAAAACGAAAAGUUUUUAAGGUCAGGGAAAAGUCAGGGAAUUUGUUAAAAAGUCUGCGAAAAUCUUUGAUAUUGUCAAGGUCCGUGAAAAGUCAGGGAAUUCUGUUUUCCGCUUUAUAGUUCAGAAGUUUUCUUCGAGACUUUGAAAUGUAUUUUCUUUCGGAAAAGAUGAAAAGUAUACUGCAAAGCAAGCAAUGCGAUCAAUUUUAACACUCUAUGCCUGACACAUGUAGUAGUUGUGGUCCGUGGUUUUCGUUGUAAAUGCUUUCUUCCAAAUUCCUUCUUCCUCUUUCAGCGAAAAGCGGAAAGAGGUUGAAAAUGAAGAGAAAAAUAUCGAUGGCCUGCAAAAAAAGCUAAAGCGAAUGUAAACAUCGAUUGUUUCUCAUUAAUAAAAGGUCAGUGAAAACUGUUAUAAAUCGGUGAAAAGUCAGGGAAUUUUUAACUUUCUGAUGAGUGGCAACCCUGAUAAACGUCUCUCUGCUUAACAUGUUUGAGGGGAGGAGGCGGCCGUAGGCAGGCUAGUAAGCUAGACUCGAUCGGUUUGAUUAACGAUUCUUAAAGGCCUAUACAAGAGAAUUAAGAAUGUAUUGAUGCACUCACUACAAUUUAUUUCGCCAAUAGCAAUGGAGGCAAAGAACGUCACAAUUGAGAUUCUAGAAGCUCAAGUAAUAAUACCAGCAGAUGCUGGCAUGGCAGUGAUACGCAUGCGCCGUCAGGGAUUUCUUGCCAUCGCUACUGCAGUGAAGUAAGUACUGAAACAGUCCAUGCUAAAAAAGGGAAAAAUAGAAGAAUGUAGCUCCUAAUAUGGUACGGCCAAAGUAGCUGAAUUCUUAUUAUGGUAUAGUUCGUGGUUUGUAAAUGGCAAUGACGUUUUUAUAGUCUCGAACCAGGCUUUUUGGUAGAGGAAAAAAAGACAAAUGAGCCUUUUUUCCCCACUAACGAACCGGGUCCCAGGCUAACUUUGUCGGCGUCCAUGAGCAGUGUUUAAAGACAAGCCGGUAUAAUCACUAAACAGUCUCAAAGUGAGUCUUGACUAUACUUUUUUUUCCCGAGGUAUUUUUAAUCAGUGUUAUCAAUUUCAGCACUGAACAAUACGUACCAACUCCUCGGGGUGGGUGAUCAUAACUGAGACCUCUCCCCUGGGGCUAUACCAUGCGAAUGAGUUGUAAUGAGGACGAAACAGCUGUCCAUGGCUGCCAACUCCACGAUAUCACCCGAGUACCUUACGCAUGCGCAGAACCAUAUCACCCAGGCAGUGGUUAUCGCGGAGCUGGUACGUGUGCUACAGUGCUGAAAUUGGAAUUGUUUGAUUUUAUGCUUGAUAUAGAUGAGAACGUUGUCAGACGGGACUCCUUAAUACGUGUUUAGUGUUUUGCUGUCCUCGGUACGGCAGUACAUAUGCAUGGUGCCCAUUUGGUCAGAAUGUACAUGACCUGUACAUGUUACCCCACGGAGGGUUGACGAGUUUUAAAUUUAAGAGUUCAUAGCAUUAUUACAUGAGACUGAGUAUGAUCUGAAGACUUAUCCAGUUAGUAGGGACCAGUUAUUCGUCGGCCUCAGCGAAUAACUCCCUCCAAUAGAUUCACAAUACUUCAUACAUUAAAAACAAACUUAUAUUCUUACUUCGAGCGAUGUAAAGUUACCUCUUCAUUGGUUUGUUGCUUGGCAAAUUACAUAUUUAAAGGGAUUGGUUACUCCAGCCGAUGUUGCUCAAAAAUCAAUUGCAAACGUUGAGUUAUAUCUUUGCUGUUUUUCGCCAUGUUUUUAGGCAUUAGUUCUGCUAUCUUUUUCGCAAAAUGUGUGAUUUUUUCCGCUAUUUUCUCUAGCACUACGUAUACCAAGACAGCCGAGCUAGCUCGAGCUAGAGCAACUUCAUCACGGAAUUUCUAGGUUUCUGUGCCUUUUUCUGUAAUGACUCUGUAGCAUUGAUGUCAUUUUAUCAGACAUUGCAAACGUCUUCAAAAAUUAAGUAAACGUUGGCUGGUUGUGAGGAAUCAGUCAGGGGAUUUGCGCCAGUCAGAAACAGAGAAAUUUUUUGUUAAAUUAAUAGUGACACCUAUCAUCCUAUUGUCUGUGUUGUACUUUCUUAAGCUAUGAUAUGAAAAGUUUGACAGCGGAACCAAACAAACACUACAAGGCUGCCGCUGGGGAGCAACUGGCAUUUGCUCCGGGAGAGAUUUACAAGGAAGUUAAAAUUGGUAUCAUUAACAUGGAUAACAGCUUUGAAGGCAACAAAACAUUUCAAGUCAUUUUCUCAAGUUCUCAGAGGUCCGUGACGAUGAAAGGACCGCAGCAGGUCAAUGUAACUAUUAUGUACACUAAAGGUAAGGGAAAAUUCCUUCAUAUAUAUCUGUUUUUUGUGUGUGUGUGUGUGUGUGUGUGUGUUUUUUUUUUAAACCUGGCUACUAAAAAAUGUCAGUCUCUCUCUCCCAGUGAUUGUUAAUUUAAUGGCCCUUUUCACUGGAAAAGCAGAAUCUUACCAGCAUAAAAAUAUUGCAGGCACCAUGCAUGCUUGCAAAGCUUUCUUCAUUAGGCUGCAAAAAAUAGGACAUUGUAAGGAUUUGUUUCAUUUUCAGCGUCACCGAUUGUAAAGCCUUUUCCCCAAUUU